AUGCGGUGGGAAGAAGCGCUUGGUUGUGCAUCUCGUAGAUACUUGGAGCAUGUCCGGGUGAACAAAUUCAAACCUCGAGAGCCUAUCACAGGUCGUGUACGGAUGCGCUCGGCUGUGCAGCAGACGGCUCGCUUCAGAGGUGAUGCCGCGGCUCCACCCGCUCUUCCCAGCUUCUGCCUGCUAUCUGCUCUAGACAGCUAUGAUCACAUCGGCAAGCUGAAUGCUGAAGUGUCGGAUCAAGUCCGAUUCAAGGGUCACGAUGGUAGACCCUACUUCUUCGCACGCAAGGAUCAUUAA